GUAUUUUAUCAUCCUAUGCUAAUAUUUUAAAAGGUAUUGUCUUGGGCAGAUUUAGAAUAUAUUAAUAUAAAUUAAUUUUGCAGCUAUUCCGUGGAAUUAAUGUAAUAAUGCUAUAACUAAAAAGAAGAUUUUUCUAAUUAAAUAGAUGAGACAAUUCAAUUUAUCAAAAAUGGUCAUUAUUCUAUUGAAGAUCAAUUUAACUUGAAUUUAUUGUAUUAAAGAUGGGAAAGAUUUGGAUAAAAACUUAUAAGCAUAAUUUUCCCUAUCAAGAGCUAGAUGAAAGGAUUUAAUAACUAAGAGCCAUAUUCUUACGCUAUAAUAAUGACAGCAAGAGUAAUAACUGAUAGAAGUGAUCAUCUAAAGUUGUUUAAUCUUUUGAAUGUGAAUUAUUUAAGAAUACCACUGAUUGUAGAAUUUAUUGUG